UGGAGAUCACACUGGCGCUCUCCCGGACCUGCUGAGCCCACCGCUGUCCCUGUCCCGCCCACAUUUACUUUGGCAAAAGAAAAUUUGGAAGCAGUUGCUUGAAGACAGUUGGCAUCACAUCUGGAGAAUCCACAGCAGCACAAUGAAGCACUUCCUGAGGAUGUUGAUCCAGGUGUGCCUGUAUUUUUACUGUAAAUUUUUGUGGCGCUGCAUGAAGUUCGUGAUGCGGAAGCUCACAGGAAGGUGUGAACUGCAAAGGAUUUGCUACAGCACCAAGCCUGGAGCUUCUAGAACCAUGAAAAUCGAAACGUCACUGAGGGACUCGAAAAGCAAGCUGUUGCAGACAUCAGUGAGUGUCCACCCCGAUGCCAUCGAAAAGACUAUUGACGACAUCAUGGAACUGAAAAAAAUUAACCCCGACAUCAACCCACAGCUGGGAAUCUCUCUCCAGGCUUGCCUUCUGCAAAUUGUGGGUUACAGAAACCUCAUUGCAGAUGUGGAAAAACUACGCAGAGAGCCCUACGACUCCGACAACCCUCAGCACGAAGAGAUGCUUUUGAAGCUAUGGGAGUUCCUGAAGCCCAACACACCACUGGAAGCUCGGAUUUCUAAGCAAUGGUGUGAGAUUGGUUUCCAAGGUGAUGAUCCGAAAACGGAUUUUCGAGGAAUGGGUCUCCUGGGACUUUAUAAUUUACAAUAUUUUGCAGAACAGGAUGCCACAGUGGCUCAGCAGGUCCUCUCCGACUCUCUUCAUCCAAAAUGCAGCAAAUUCAGCAAAGCAGAAUGGGAAAAGAAAAGGAUGGAUAAAGCAAUUGGGUACUCCUUUGCGAUUGUGGGCAUCAAUAUCACCGAUCUGGCAUAUAAUCUGCUCGUGAGUGGUGCUCUCAAAACCCAUUUCUACAACAUCGCCCCCGAAGCACCAACACUGUCUCACUUCCAACAAACGUUCUGCUAUCUGAUGCACGAGUUUCACAAGUUUUGGAUUGAGGAGGACCCCAUGGACAUAAUGGAAUUUAAUCGCGUGCGGGAGAAAUUCCGCAAGAGGAUCAUAAAACAGCUUCAGAACCCAGACAUGGCGCUGUGCCCGCAUUUUGCUGCAUCUGAGGGCUUAAUCAACAUGUAGUGCCCACGCCGGUUUCAACGGAUCCUCAGAACACUGCCUCAUUGUUGUCUUAGAUCUCUGCUUAGGUGACAGCUCACACACCGAAUGCACAUAGUGAUUAUACAUAUAC